AUGUCUAAUGAAAUAUUAAUCGCAAAACUUAAUAAUGUGGCUCUUAUAACUCUCAACAGGCCCCAGAAUGGGAAUGCCCUCACAAGUAAGAUGGCUGAUGAACUGAUUUGUGCCUUCCAAGAACUGGCUGCAGAUACGUCAAUACGUGUUAUCAUCAUAACCGGCGCUGGUAAGUGCUUCUGUACGGGGCUUGACCUAUCAACCGGUCAAUCAUCAACAGACCUCGACGACAUGAUUCUUAAAGGCAUGCGCCUAUUUGAAAUUAUAAAAUCCAGCAAAAAGCCCGUAAUUGCUCAAAUCAACGGCCCAGCACUUGGAGGAGGUGUUGGACUUGUGUUUACGACGGAUGUACGAAUAAUGACCAGGCAGUCAUAUUUUCGCCUUCCUGAAGUUAAGCGAGGAUUGAUUCCGGCUAUCAUUUCUCAGUACAUUGUUCCAGAAAUCGGAAUAUUUAAGGCCAAUCAAUAUAUGCUUACUGGCGAAAAGAUAUCGUCAGAGGAAGCCUUAAGAGGCAAUUUCAUUACCUGUGUUGUUGAUGAUCAUCGGCAAUUAGAAGACAAAGUCAAAACGUAUGCGAACGAACUAAUUUCGAGUGCGCCGAAUGCGAUGGCAACCAUAAAAACGUUAGUGUCCGUUGUAGGGUCUGGCGCUUCUAAAUUAGAGAAAGUCCAUCAUGUAAAGAACGUAUUUGUAAAAAUGAUGCGAUCUGAGGAAGCCGCUUAUGGUAUACAGGCCUUUGGUAGAAAAGAGAAACCAGACUGGUCAAAAUUCAAUUCAAAUCUGUGA